ACGGGUCACUGUCUGCUCGUCCGAGCUCCUCAAUACCAAUAAUAACAACAUCAUUUAAUUAAUCUCAUUUAUUUUGGCAUGCAAAAACAACUUCAAAGAUGCCGUACAAAAAAAAAUAAUUCCUUUGACAAUUUAAAGCAUGGCAAGACGGCUAAAUAAAGCCAAAGGUCUGAGUGAAAGCUGGUGGCUGGUAUUAAAUGUCAUUCUAUAUAAAAGUCUAUCGAAAAAAAAAACAAUCACUGUAUGUCACGCGGUAUAUCAAAUUAAUUAAUAUCGACAUUCGUAUUUAUUGUUAAUAUUAGGCUAGUAUUGUUUAGGAUUUAUAAUAAUGUUUUUUUAUUUUUAUAUAAUCUUUAUUGUUAUUACAAAACAUCAGGUAGAUCCUGCAUGAGAUUCCAAACCCCUGGGUAGCGGAUUCACUGAAGGAAUAAAGAGCUGUUGAAUUAUAAAAACUGCUCUUGCUUUCUAGCUCUUAGCAGUUCACAAAGUCAAGAAGUUUAUAUAGCCUAUUUCGUUAUCUCUAAUAAAAGUGUGGUACGAAUAAUUCAUUAUAGUGUAAAUUAAAUAGCUUUUAUUUUUAUCACAGCUGACAGAAUCAAUAAGACCUUAUAUUACUUGUGGCUAAAUAAGUGAUGAAUCCAUUAAACACUUUCUGUGCAUCGGCAAUAGUUAGAAAAUCGCAUCAAUGUUUAAUCUCUCAAAGAUUACAAAUAAAAAAGAGCAUCCACGUACAAAGCACGAAACAGAAUAAUUAUACCUUGCACAAUGGAGAACAAUGGCACUGAGAAACAUUUUCUCACACGAUUCAGGAAACGUUAGAAGUUUACAUAUUCCCUCUCCGCUUCUUAUUCUUGGGAAUAUCCCACAUGCGUCGCUCACCUGUGCGCGUGUGAAUGGCUCUUAUGCAUUACCAGUGCGCUCAUUUCCUACUUUAUUCAUAUGUUAACAAGAGCAAUGAUGAGGGUCGUUAACACCUCUUCAGAAAGAUCUUUAUUUAGUGAUUUCUAUUGUUUUUUCCACUUAUUUCACACGUAACAAAAUCGGCUCUGCGGAGUCCACAGAAGUACUAAAAUGCAGGUACAGAAAAAUAAACGUUUUAAAAACACCAUUCUACAAAUGGAUGUGCGCUAUUAUUGAAAUGGUAAAUCAUUUUUAUUACAAAGCACAGUCACCGGAAUUAAGUUUAAUCAUGCACUAUAACAUGUAAUGACAAGAGAUUCAGUUAACUUAGCUGUAGACGUUGUCGUUCAGCAGCUUUCAAUAUAAUUAGCCUAAGAAAAGUUAAAUUUGGGUUAAGCGCGGGCGAGUGAAUGCACAACAGCUCUGGAGAUGAUUUCAAUCAUGCAGGCCGAUUUUCUUUUCUCUCUCCCCCUCUCUUCCGCCACCGCUAAAUGGUCUAUGACGGACGAACAGAGACGACGUUACUGUCGUUCCCUUUGUUGACAAAUCCAUGAAACAACUUCAGCUCCGCGGUAUAACAGCGCGACCUCUGACGUCACGCGGUCACGUGACGCGGCUGAUAGUAUAUCUUUAAGUGAAAAGUAAUCUAUCAGACAGUCCUUAAAGCCUGCUUUUAAAAGCAUGUGUCAUCGUGACUCCUCGGUCCAAAAUAACUCUUAGGUUUCGAGGAAAUACAUCCGAAAGAAGACGAGCUCAAACCAGAAGUCACUGGACUGGAGAAAUAUUUUCCAAAUUUGAAGUUUUGCCGGCAGGCCAGGACUGACCUGCAUUUAUAACCACUGCUUGUCAUCCGAUCUGACCACUGCUCUUACCUUCGGUUGCUCCAGCAGUAAAGUGAGCGGUGAUGACCCUGUCUGGAGGCACCAGUGCCAGCAACAUGUCCGGUCAGACCGUGCUCACAGCUGACGAUGUGGAUAUCGACGUGGUCGGGGAAGGCGACGAGGGGAUGGAGCGGGACAGUGACUGCGAGAGCCAAUGCAUGCAGGACCGUGGAGAUGAUGUGGAGGAGAUCGAGGUGAAGGAGCGCAGCGACAGCCCUUGCGAGAGUUCCGGAGAGGGAGAGUCCAAGGGGGAUAUCCAGGAGAGCCCCUCCGGUCCCAUGCAAAACAAACCCAAGAACAGUCUGGUGAAGCCGCCCUACUCUUACAUCGCACUCAUCACCAUGGCCAUCCUCCAGAGCCCGCAAAAAAAGUUGACGCUCAGUGGCAUCUGCGAGUUCAUAAGCAACCGCUUUCCUUACUACCGGGAGAAGUUUCCUGCUUGGCAGAACUCCAUUCGCCAUAACUUGUCCCUCAACGAUUGCUUCGUUAAGAUCCCACGGGAACCGGGCAACCCGGGCAAGGGCAACUACUGGACCCUCGACCCCCAGUCGGAAGAUAUGUUUGACAACGGCAGCUUUUUAAGACGGAGAAAACGCUUCAAGAGACAUCAGCCGGACAUUCUCAGGGAACAGACCGCUCUCAUGAUGCAGAGUUUCGGGGCGUAUAGCAUUGGGAAUCCCUACGGCCGCCACUAUGGAAUUCACCCGGCCGCUUACUCUCACCAUGCUCUGCAGUAUCCAUACAUUCCCCCGGUGGGUCCGAUGCUCCCUCCGGCGGUGCCUCUUUUACCCUCCGCAGAACUGAACAGAAAAGCGUUUAACACUCAACUUAGUCCAAGUCUCCAGCUGCAACUCAACAGCCUGAGCACUGCGUCGAUUAUCAAAUCCGAGCCUUCCAGUCGACCGUCGUUCAGCAUAGAAAAUAUUAUUGGCGUCUCCAGCAGCUCGAACGCGCAGACUUUCUUGCGGCCGCCCGUGACGGUGCAGUCCGCUUUACUGAGCGCACAAUCCCUGUCUUUAACCCGGACUUCAGCUGCCAUCGCGCCUAUUCUAAGCGUCCCGUCAAAUAUCAUCUCCGGACAAUUUUUGCCAACAGCUUCCACAGCAGCGGUAUCCAAAUGGCAUUCUCAAUGAUAAUCAAAAUAUUUUUUACACAUAUAUAUAUAUUUUAAGACAAUACAGCACGAACUAUAGGCAGCACUGGACAAAUCGUCCGCCCCAAUGUAGCCAUGUAAAGACUUUUGUGAAAAAGAGAAUUUCAUUAUCAAAAAAGGAUGCUUUCGGUACAGGUAAUGUUUGUAAAUAUUUGUACAAAGAAAUUAAUUUACAUGUUUUACUUUUGUAUUUCAUUUCGAUGUUUAAACUGUAUGACAGUUUAGUUGAGUCAGCCUUGUUUUUCAUCGUUUCUUUUUCAUUGGUAUCUCGAGACAAGUUUCACAGACAAUGUUUUCCUUUGUUUUCAAUAUGAAAUAUUAAAUUGUUCUAAUUCAAAGACUGGAAAAGAAGUAUGUUUAUAAAAUUUAAAUAUAUGUAUUCUAUGUAUAUUGUGUUGUAAAUCAACUCCAUUUGUUAAUAAAUAUGAAAACAAUCCA